CUUCCUUUUUUUAUUCACACUCAUUUCCAUACACUCAAGCCUUACACAUUCCUUUUCUCUUUUGAAGUGUGGAGUGAGUGAGCGUAUUUCAAGUUGGCCUUCCUUCAAAUUGGAUCCAAAGUCCUUCUUGCAGCAUUUUCUGUAUUUUGUUGUUCAAGUAACGGGUUUUUGGGCUACAAAUCUACCUUCACCUUCACCUCUUCCUGUAGUUCAUGUUUCUUCUGUCAUUCAUUUCGUAAAUACUAUUGAAACUCAAUUCAGCCAUAAGAAGUUGUACACUAGACUGUUUGACAGAAACAGAGCCAUCUCGUCGACAAAUGCCCUCAAAGCCGGGUUUCACACUGCCUCCCAUCAUACAGUUUAUGGGUGACCAGCAGCGCCCACAGCAUCAACAACAACAACACCAGCAACAGAACCAGCAACAACACCAGCAACAGCAACAACAUCCAUACCCGAACCAAUCUCAACAGCAUCUUUCUCGUUCAUUCCAAUAUCCUGAUCAGACUUCUCGCCUGCCAGUCUCCACUCCUCCACUCUAUUCACCUCAUCACCAUGCCAGUGGCAGCAGUCAAAGCCAUACCUCGGUCAUGACCCCGCCUCUCUUUAUUACAACCCCAGGCAUGCUCUCGCCUCCUGCACAUCCGCACACGCCAACAGAGCGCGUGCACAGCCCCUCUUCUCCGGGAAGAGGACGGAAGCAUGAGCCAUCGUUAUCUACUGGUGCCAUUAGCAUUUCGUCGGCGUCUUCAGUUGUCAUGACCACCCAAAGACCAUAUGACUCUAAUGACUCUUAUUUCACACAUCAUCCUCAUGGUCGUUCUCAACAUGCGAACCCCCUACAUUUUGAACAAGAACUGUUGGGCCACCAACAGCCUCCUUUCUACAAGCACUCACACCAACAGCAUCCACUGCCACCACCGCUACAACAGCAGCAACAGCAGCAACAGCAGCAACAGCAACAGCAACAACAGCAACAGCAACAGCAACAGCAAAAACAACGCCAGCAGCCUCAACACCAACGCCAGCAAUCCCAACAUCAACGGCAGCACUCUCAACACCAACAUCAGCAGCACCAACAAUAUCAACAACACCAGCAGCAGCAGCAAAGUGCACAUAGACACUCAUACCCCUAUAUUGAAUCACCAAAUGGUCCCACUUCUUCGGAGACGUCUAUUCAACAACGCCAAUCCUUAAUAGCUGCCAAGGAACAUCGUGUUCAACGCUAUGCUUCUCCACCUCUCCAACCAUCUACUCUAUCCCAGACGUCGAUGAAUGGUCACCCUACCAGAGUGGACCCGCCACAGCACCUUAAUCAAACGCUUGAGCACAUGUAUGCUCCUCCGCUUUCCUCCGGCUCCCGCCUGCACUCACAACAGUAUCAUCAGCAUCAGCAACAACAGCAACAACAACAACAGCAGCAGCAACAACAGCAGCAGCAACAACAACAGCAGCAGCAACAACAACAGCAGCAACAACCGCAGCAACAACAGCCAGUGCCGCCACAACAACAAUCGCAGCAGCAGCAGCAACAAAAUCAGGCGCUAAUGGCUCAUCAGCAUGGUACAUCCUUGUCUUCUACCGGCUCUGCGGAUGAUUAUGACCAGGGGUUAGGAGCGCGUUAUACUCAUCUUCGAGCAACUCCAUUUCCUCUUGUAGGCCGCCCCAUACCUACUGCAGCCCGAGCUCAGAAUCAAAGUGGUAGCGCUGUGUAUCAUGGAGUGGAGUCAGGCCUCCAUAACUCUGGGAGAAGUUCAUAUCACGAAAGGUCAUUAUCUGGCCAUUUAGAAGCAAAAUCUUAUGAGGACCGUGUGCAAGUAGAGUAUGAGCAUCGUGAAAGGCCUCCAUCUAGUCAAAACUAUGGACCAACACCAACCCCACCUGGAUCUAACCCAGGACAGUAUCGUAUGGCUGGCCCAAGUGUUUCAGUUGUUCCAACUCAUCACACCGAGGAUAUGAGUUCCUCAGAUGCACGACAGCAAGAAACCAUAACGAAUCAAACGCAAAUUGUACGGCAGUUCUCGCGCGACCAAGUCCAUAUACAUCCGCAUGGUUCGAUCGGUCCCUACACUCUUGGACAUGAUGUGCGCAGCCCAGCUGUGCACGUGGAAGAGCGACUUGUGCAGCACAGACGCGGUAAGGAUAAUACAGCUUCUGGCUCGGUGGAUCGCCUGCCCUCGGGGCAGGGUCUUCAUCCUGGGCGAGGCCACGAUCAUUCUUCAGAGGAAAGACCAUUUGGGGAAAAGUGGUCCACUACCCUUUCUGAUUAUCAACCUAUACCACCGGGAGAUGCACCCCUAAAUCCGCAGACGGGAUAUCAAAGUAUUCCAGGCCCUGAUACACGUUAUAUCCAUCACCGUCAUGCUUCUGCCCCAUCGAACCCAUAUGACGAACUACAAAUGCGAGUGCAACAGCACCCCCAGGAAGGAAGACAAUCCUUUUAUCGUCAGCAACAUGACCACAAUGACCAUAAUGAAUCGCGACCUCCAUCGUCCAAUCAACGUUCUUCAGGACUAUCAGACGGAGGACUGAGAAAGCCUCAGCAGGAUUUGAAGCAAUAUUCUCAGUCAGACCCUGCUGAGCACGGCACAAACCAUACUUCUUAUGUCGGUCAUGAUGAUCACAUAACUCACUUGAAACAUCCACACCAAAUGCACUUACCCUAUUUAUCUCAUAAUAGAUCAGACGUCAACACUUCAGGCCUGUCUGCACCGGGUAGUGCUUCUGAGGUCCACGGGCAAUAUCGUUCUGAAGCAGUACAUGCUGGGAGUUUAUCCAUCCAGAAGUUACAGCAGCAUCCGGGACACAUGACUGAUGGAGCUCUACAGCAGUUAGAUGAUCGGAAACAACGAGUGCAUAGUACACAUCAACCGCAGGGACAAGAGCUCGAGGUUUAUCAUAAUCCUAAUGGUUUUAAUUCUGAUGAGCAGCAAAGAGGAGACGGGUCAUACCCCCAUCCUGCUCCUCUGCAAGAGCGACAUCAUAAUGAGUCAACGUUAGCACGCGAAGGCUGGAAUGCAGCAGAACCGAGAUACCAGGAGCAGUACAAUCCCGCUACAGUACAUCGGACAGCUGGGGAUUUGCAAGGCCACGAUAUAGGGCUUACAACUGGAAAUCGCGGCUCAAUUCCAAACCAAAAUCUAAAUCGACUCGAUCAUGAAUCUUUAGCUCAAAGCAGUCUGGUCAUGCAUAAUCAUAAGGUCGCCGCGUCAGGACAAAUAAUUCAUCCUUCAAUUAUACCAGGGGCCGAUAUGACUGGCCGACCAGAUCUAUCGUCAAAAGCGGCAGGCAUCACAACAGAUAGUCCUCCAGAGUCAGCGCGUUCGCUCUCACCCGACAACUUGCAAAAAAAUUCUCAAUCGGAUCGGAAAAAGCGGGGACGGAAGCCGAAAGGAAGGCUGGUGCUCGAGCAUGGAGGCCCAUCUGAACUAAGCAUGUCAUUUGAUGGUAUAUCUUCUGGCGCUCAGACACCUACUAUAGUUGCUGACUCUACAUCAGAACCACAAACACCGACUAAGCGAAGAGGUAGACGGCCAAAGUCAGAAUCUGAUCGUGAACUGGAUAGAAAGGAGGCCAUCCAUCGUCCCUGGAAUGUGAUCACACCUGAAACUCACAGAUUAUCAAAUGACUAUACAGAGAUAUCAGAAUUUGAUGGUAGUAUCCAACCGGCAGAUGUUUGGAACAGGGCACAGCCAAGCAUGGACCAAAAGAAGAUGGAAGAUCGGACAGAGUACAAACCAUCUAUUCGAUUAAAAAGUGAUGAAGAGAGAGCUUUGUCUCCAGCAGAAAGGCAAAUACCAGAGCACCUUGAAGGGGCCCGGGUAUCUGCAGGGAAAACAUUAAACCAUCAGCGCCAGAUGUCCACGCAAUCUGGACCUUCCUCUAUACAUCGCCAACACGCUCCAGGAGGAGUGGUUGGAGAGUAUGAUCGUCAGCAGCUGCAGUCACAGCAAGAGCAACAACAAGAGCAAAUGCAGCGGCAACAACAACAACAACAACAACAACAACAACAACAACAACAACAACAACAACAACAACAACAACAACAACAACAGCAGCAGCAACAGCAACAGCAACAGCAACAGCAACAACAACAAUCAAAACAACCAAAGCAGACAAAGCAAUCAAAACAACAGCAACAACACACCAUCCACUAUUCACAGCCCUCUUCGUCCCAUCGAGCAUCUCAGUUUAGCGUUCAAGAGUCUUCACUCCAUCACAGUCUGGAAACGUCUAGACCAGUCCCUGAUUAUGAUGAACGCCAAGCAGAUGCUAACAAAGUUGUGUUAGAUACACCCAACCCAAUAGCUGCUGGCAAAGCCUCUGGGAUAGUACAUCAUCUUGAAGCAGCAGUGGCUAGUGCCUUAGUUGAUAUCCAGCACAACAACCAAUUUCAGCCUCCUGAGACGGCAGCAAAUCCUGGAACGGAUCACAAGCGGCACAUUCAGGGAUCGCAAGGCCGCCCUGUAGAUAAUUUUGUUGAUGAUAAUGAUCAUCUUAAAUAUCACCACGUCCAUCGUCGUCCCGUCUCUAUAGGUGUGGAUGGAAAUAAGCCUAUAGCGGAGUCCAGUACUCAACCUGCCACAAAUAUUCGUCCAGACCUGGCUCAGGACGAACAAGAGACAGCUAUUAUCCUACAAGGUAUGAUGAACCAUCGCCAAAUGGCUCAACAAGAAGCUGAAAGAUUCGAACAUCUGGGCUCUACUCUUCACGCCCAGCGACAAUUGGAGCCGCAGCAUCCUGGUCAUCAUCAACAUAUUCCUGAAUUAUCUGCAAGCUACACUCGACGAUCAACUUCCCCUCAUAGCGAAAUGACUCUUCGUGAGCAUCAAGGAGCAUAUUCGCAACCUACUGACCCUGAUCAGAAUGGACAUACCCCGUUGGAGUCGUCUCAAUAUGAUAGAGCCCAAGCGAGCUAUGACCAAAGAUCGCAGCAACGGCCACUGCUAGAGGAGCAGCGCUAUUUCCAGCAUUCUCAAUACUCCCCAUCAGGACAGCAGCUUCUGUCUCGUGGUUCUUAUAGGAGCGCGCAGGGAUAUUCUGAUGUGAAAUUAGAAGAUAAAAAAAACAGGACACGUCACUCAACACUUGGUACAUCUAUGGAGUCUUCCUUGUUGCAUGAACUCAAGGAGAGUGAUGAGACUAAUAAUGAGGACCAUGAUCACUUGCGCGAUACGAGCAACUAUAAAGCAGAUGGGCAUCAACAAGAAUCCUUAUCUGAAGAUGGACCAAAAACGCAAGCUAGUAUCCCAUCAGAAGAAGAAGCCGAUCGAUGGCAUCAAGAUUUGUCUACAUACGGUAGAAAGGGAUUUCCAAAUAUUGCAUACAAUGAGCAUCAACAAGCGCAGGUGCCUCAUCUUCAGCAUUACUCUUCGAAGGGGGCCCCUUAUUAUCAUCAGCAUCCGCCAGGUAGUAGUCAUUCAUCCAGCUAUCGCCAGGAAAGCAUGGGUUUGGAUGCUACUAUGAUGUUGGUUGAUUCCGAGCAAAGGGUUAAAGAGAAUGGCUCUGCCGCUGGCACAGCGCUUUCAUCAAAGCCAAAGCCUGUUAAGGGCAAAGUCAAGCCAAAAUCUUUAUCAAGAAUACCUUCAGAAAUGGAAAGGGUUGAUGACACCGAUAAUGAUCCACAUCAACGCUGCUCUCCUUUGCCGAGUGUCGCUUCUCAAUCGAAUGGAGAUGUGAUGUCUAUAGGUCAAAAACCAGCAUCGGUUGAGAGGAUGUGUAUAAAAUCUGAGCGAGAUAAGACUAAAAACAAGAACCUAACUCAGUCAUCAGUUUAUCAGAAUCCUCAUCAUCAGUACUCUGCCUAUGAACCUGAUGGGGCUAGAGACCUAGAGAUGCAUUUGGAUCAAUCUAUGGACACCAAUAUCUGCCAUACAGGGUCUCGUCGCCAGCUUGAGAGUAAAGAAGAUCAGGCUGACUUUAUGCAAUCUCAGGACGGUGGCUUAGUGCCUGGCGGUACUUCACAAAUAAGCAAGUCUACAACACAUGAUAAAAUGCUGUUUGGGGUAGGUAUGAUCUUGGUUAAGAACCUUCCUGAUGGAAGAUCAUAUUCUACUGAAGCAUCAAAACAGUUUCCCCCAUCCCAGUUAUCGACCCGAGUCACACGAGGUCCUCCUUUGGCAACCGAGUCGACUUCAUCAACUAUGAUUGCGUCUGCAACAGCAGUGCCUAGCAAUUCUAACAAAAAGAAAAGGACAAACGCAGUUCAGGAACAUGAGUCGAAUAUAAAGGAGAUGGGCCAUAAUGUCAUAGAGCUGCCACACCAUACACAGUCCUUCAAGGAGGAGCCAAAAUCCCCUCUAUCUCCAUACCCUCCGGUCCCCCAGGCAGUUUCUCGGGGCAAAGGCAUUAAUAGACUACGGAAAGGAAUAGCUGGUUCAGAAGGGUUGGAAGUUGAUAUCGAGCGAAGUGAUUGUCUUUUAAAGAGCCCGAUACUUCCAUGGAUGACAGCUGACAGGACCACUGUUAAUGAUUCCAUGACUAAUGGCGAAGCUAUUGCUGCUACCACUAGUACCAUUGCAGGUACGCAUUUAAGCAAACUAGCUGAUGCUAUAGGAACGAGAAGACGACUUCCUCUUCCCUCCUUGGUUCUCAAUGAGAGUGAUAAGCGGAAGCCUAAGCGGAUCAAAAUCGAAGAAAAGGAUGUAAGACAAGUUCAAAGGUCAUCAUCCCUUACAGAAACGGGUGAAUCCGACAAGAAGCCUAGCGUUCUCGUUGAUAAUGAGGUUUACAGCUCAAGCUGGGACAUAAGAAGCAUCAAGCAGAAUAGUGGCGGAGGCGGUGUUGGUGAAGGCGAGGAUAACACGCCAGGCGACAUGGAGGACGAGGUACUAGAGGAGGGUGAACGUGAUCAUGGUGAAGGAAACAAGCGACGUUCGCCUGAUGAAGAUGAUGAAGGGACGGAAGACAAAAAUAUGAAUGGUGGCGGUAAUAGUGGUGAUGGUGGUACUGGUGGUACUGGUGGUGGCGCUGGCGCUGGCAAUGGUCCUAGCGCUGGUGGUGGUGCUUCAAGUCAGAGUCGUGGAUCUACUGGGGACAGUGUGCGCAAAUAUGUAAAACGCAAGUCUGGCAAUAACCCACCGGGAGCAAGUCCAACUAAGAAGACCAAAGAAAAAUGUAAGGAUGUCCCUGCUAUUCCUUCAUCUGCAUUAAGUACUGUUUCCGCAUCCGAAGGCUCCAAGAACCUUAGUGGUUCAAAAGCCUUGAUUAAGAAGGAUGGAGAACCAGAGGAGGGCGAGGAUCCAAGUCUUCGUCCAUCGCCUGCUGGACGUGGGAGACCUGGCCGCCCUCGUAAAGAGAAGAGCGGCAAGAAGCAAGGGGAACUAGAGACGGACAUUGAAUACCUACCUAUGGAGGAUGACAUUGAAUGUCCUCAUAUGUUUGGUAUCGAAGAGACCGACAAGGAGUCAUCAUGUUCUGAGACUGAGAUGGAAGAUGACUGUGAACCAGAGCAAGAGAAUAAGCGUUCUACAGAGCCAUCUGGUGUUAUGAAGGCAGGUACUAGCAACAGUGGCGCCUCGGGAAAAGGAGAAGAAAGUAUAGAGAUGCCGGACGAUAUCCAAAAGCAAGGGCGCGACUGGGUAAAUCGAUUGCAAAUGCCCGAAUCUGCAUGGGAGGAGUCCUACAAGACCUACGAAAGAGUCAAGCGCUUGAAGGAGCUCAAGAACCGGCAACCAGUCCGGAAGAGAGAUGCCAUUUUAGCUGCAAUUUUGUACAUUGUCUGUCGUGAUCAAGGGUCUCCUAGGACAUUUUCCGAGAUCUGUACUGCAUCUGGUGUUAAGCGCGGAGACGUUGGUGCCUACUAUCGAUUGAUGCUCAAAAUCUUGGAACCUUCGAAGAAUGCAACUGCCAGUGCCCGGGAUACAGAUGCUGAAGCUUUCAUGACACGUUGGUGUGAAUCGUUGUCAUUGUCUCCAUUGGUGUGUCGGGCAGCUGUCCAUGUUUUUAGUAUAGCCAACACUUUGAAUCUUACAUCAGGCAAGUGUCCGUCUUCUGUUGGAGCGGCAGCGAUAUAUCUCUGCAUCUUUGCAUGGAAUGAUGCUCGUAGGAUGGCCAACUGUCAGCGUUACAAGUGUCUCGGAUGUCAAUGCCAAACUUCUCAGAACCAUCCUAGCAUUAUGCAAGAUAAAGGGUGGAUCAAAAAGGAACCCAAAGAUGUGGCACUUGCAGUUGGUGUUGUGAGUGCCACACUGAUGGGUUGCUUUAGGAACCUUGCUCCCGAGAAAGAUAAACUAAUUCCGCCAGAAUUUUUGCGGGCAGCAGUAGAAGGAAUUUAAGCGAAUAUAAAAACAAACAAAACAAACAAGUAAAAAUUUAAACAAGG